GCAAGGGUGGCCAACUUGGAUGGAUUGGUUGGGAAGGGACAAAUGUCAAAGUUGGGGUUCCUAUAGGGAGGGAAUCUUUGUGCUUAUGGGGUUUCCUUGGUUGGGGACUCUCUUGGGACCUUCCCUCUCAUCCCUCUCUUUCUAUCCCAACCUUUCUCUUGCUCCUUCUAAUUCCUUUGGUGUUCUAAAGGUUGGAUGUGUCUUCCGCUAAGGGGAAACUCUGCCGAAAUUUCGUGGACGCCGACACUUGUGAAAUAUCGAGGGAGCUGAGUGUGGACAGCAAAGGGGAGCUGAAAUUCGUCAUUUCUCAAGGAGAAGAUGAAUGAGAGAGGAGGAGAUGCUAAUGGAAGAGGAGCUGUAGCUGAGAAGACAAGUGAGCCGCCGCCAUCAAAAGUUGAAGCUUUGGAUGGCUCCAACUAUGAGGAAUGGAGCGGACGGAUGAGGAGUGCCUUCAAACGCUACAAGCUACUGAAGAUUGCUGUUGGGAAGAGAAGAUGCCGGAAGAAGGCGAAGCACGUGAACG